GCAGGGCCAGGCGGCCGCCACAAAUAUCUGAGAAGCUCUGCUCGUCCUCCAUGGCCGGCUCGCCCACACCAGACCGGGCCGCGCCGCUCUAGCGCGCCCUCCAGCGUCCUCUCGCCGGCUCUGGACUCACUUCCCCGCAUCGGCGUUGGCCACGCCCCGCCCCAGGCUGCGCGCAGCCGCAGUUUCGCGCCGACAGCCCCCAAGGCUCUCUGGGUUUUCCACGCCCGGACCUCCAGAGAUUUGUGGGGGGGCCAACGUCUGAGCGGACAGGUUAAAACCGCUAUUAACGUGCUUUCGCUCUACAAACUGAGUUUGAUUUCCAAGCCAGAGUACGCCCCAAGGAGGCAGUCCGCAGGUAUUCGUUCAUUUCACUCAUUCAUUCAUUCAUUCUUUGAUUCCGGUGCCAGCUAGUUUUAAGUGCAGGGGCUGCUUGGGCACUUUCAAUGGGCAAGUAAGUCUCUGGGGAAAGACAUCAGAGCCCCAAGGAUAAGGAGCCAAGACUGGUCUCGGGAUGCUCUGGAGGAAGAAAUUGCCGGGAAGGAGGACCAGGAAAGACAAAGCCCCCGAGGCUGGAACAAGUUUGGCUUAUUGGAGGAAUCAAAAGAAAAGAAAAGGAGUGGAAUAUGGUCCCACUGCUGUAAGAGAAGCUGGUUUGAUGAAAAGGCUCUCCGAUUUGGGCUGCCACCUUAAAGACUUCGGAGACUUGAGUUUUACCCCAGUUCCCAAAGAUGAUCUCUAUAAUAACUUGAUAGUGAAUCCUCGCUCAGUGGGCCUUGCCAACCAGGAACUAGCAGAGGUGGUUAGUAGAGCAGUGUCAGGUGGCCACAGCUGUGUCACCGUGGGAGGAGACCACAGCCUGGCAAUCGGUACCAUUAGUGGGCACGCCCGGCACUGCCCAGACCUUUGUGUGAUCUGGGUUGAUGCCCAUGCUGACAUCAAUACACCCCUCACCACUUCAUCUGGAAAUCUCCACGGACAGCCAGUUUCAUUUCUCCUCAAAGAACUACAGGACAAGGUCCCACAACUCCCAGGAUUUUCCUGGAUCAAACCUUGUAUCUCUUCUCCAAGUAUUGUAUACAUUGGACUAAGGGAUGUGGAUCCUCCUGAACAUUUUAUUUUAAAGAAUUAUGAUAUCCAGUACUUUUCCAUGAGAGACAUAGAUCGACUUGGUAUCCAGAAGGUCAUGGAACAGACAUUCGAUCUGCUGAUUGGCAAAAGACAAAGGCCAAUCCAUCUGAGUUUCGAUAUUGAUGCAUUUGACCCUACGCUGGCUCCAGCCACAGGAACCCCUGUUGUAGGGGGGCUGACCUAUCGAGAAGGCAUGUAUAUUACUGAGGAAGUACACAAUACAGGGUUGCUCUCAGCACUGGAUCUUGUGGAAGUCAAUCCUCGGUUGGCUGCGUCGGAGGAAGAGGCCAAGGCUACAGCCAGCCUGGCAGUGGAUGUGAUUGCUUCAAGUUUUGGGCAGACAAGAGAGGGAGGGCACAUUGUCUAUGACCAACUUCCUACUCCUAGUUCACCAGAUGAAUCGGAAAGUGAAGAACGUGUAAGAAUUUAGGAAAUACUGUGUGCGACACGUGUCUGUCGCGAUGGGCAUUCCAGAGUUGGGAGGCAUUUGUGGUUGACAGAUACUAAAUGAUCGUCUGGGUCAGUACUGCCUUAAUGAGAACAUUUGUGCAUUCUCACAAUUGUAAAGUUUCCUUCCCCUUCAUUUUGGUGACCGAUAAUACUGCUGUAAAUGUAUUUGGUUUUUUGAAGCUCACAGGGUAUUAAUAUGUUAGAGCACUAUGUAAACUUAAAGAAGUCAUAAACAGCAUUUACUAC